AGGCUUGGGUUCCUUCGAACCCACCCAGGCGCUGGGUUCCUUGCGAACCCAGCACGCUUGCCUGGGUUGGGUUCCAUGGAACCCACGCCUGGGUUCCUUGGAACCCACCAGCGAACCAGCUGGGUUCCAUGGAACCCAACAGGGGUUGGGUUCUAAGGAACCCAGGCUCUGGGUUCGAAGGAACCCAAGUGCUGGGUUCCAUGGAACCCAACCCUGGGUUCCGUCGAACCCAGGCGUGGGUUCGAAGAACCCAACACACCUGGGUUCCUCGAACCCAGGGAAAGCAAGGCAAGGAAAGAAAAAAAAAGGGCAUUGUUGGGUUCGAUUCAACCCAGGUUGGAUAUUCAUCCUUGGCAGACAUUGAAAAGCAGCUCCACCCGCUGCUGAACUGGAGCCUAUACGUUCUAACUACAGCCAGUUGGAUGAAGUGGACAUGGGAAUGACAUAUGAGGAACUAUCUGUCUAUAUAUGGAAGAUUGUGGAAAAUUUUCCGUUGCGGUCCUGUAUCAAUGUUCAAGAAUCUGUGCUAUAGAUGGGGUGACAGACUAAGUCCAUCAGAGGUAACUGAAAAAGUGAAACACUUCUUCAAAUAUUAUUCCAUCAACCGACACAAAAUGACUGUAUUAACACCUUCCUGUACCAUGCUGAGUUAUUCACCAGAGGUUAAUAGGUUUGAUCAGCGUCAGUUCCUGUACAAUGCAAGAUGACCAUAUCAAUUCCGGUAGAUGGAUCAUCUCGUGAAACAAUUAGAUGGUGACAAAGUUGCGUUUAAGGAAUCAGUUGGCCGUGGGAUGGGAGUUGUGGCAGCAUCUUCCGGGGAUCCUAAAGCUGGCCUUCAAUCAUCUUUUAACUCUCAACUCAUUCAUGUCAUAGUUAUUAUAACUUGAAAGCACGCUCCAAUGUCUAAUUUACGCUGUUUUGUAUUUGUCCUUAGCUAAUAAGAUGUGUUUGUAUACUCAAUCAAUUCAGUACAUUUUU